AUGUAUCAUUUGAUUGUUUUCGUUUUAAUCUCUAUUAAAUCUGGGCACAGUAAUUCAGUUGGUGCACCACAGAGUGCAUGCGCAUUAAUGAUGCCUCAGCAUGGUGUUUCUUCUCAACCAUGUUCAUUGAAAUAUACAAUGGAAUCCGACAAAUUACAAUAUUCUGCAGGUGACACUAUUCAUAUUACUGUUCGUGGUUCAACAGAAUCUGAUACAUUCAGAGGGAUUCUAUUAAUAGCAAAAACGAAAACUAAUGAACAAAUUAUUGGAAAUUGGGCAGUAGUAGGUUCAGAUAUUAAAACACUUGCCUGUGAUAAAAUAAAAAAUACUGGUAUAACGCAUAACUCACCCUCUGAUAAAUCAUCGAUAGAAGCAAUUUGGCAUGCGCCAUCAAAUAUAAAUGAAGAAUUUACUGUCAUCAAAGCAACAAUUGUGGAAACAUUUGACCAAAUAUAUGUUAAUUGUUUUAGUAUUACAUUAACUGCUAAAAGUAGUAAUCCAACUACCACUGGAGCAAGUACAACUUCAUCAACUGGUACUACUACUCCUUCUAAAACUACUACUCAUUCUACUCCUACUCCUUCUACUACUACUACUCAUUCAACUACUACCACUUCUACUCCUACUCCUUCUACUACUACCACUUCUACUCCUACUCCUACUCCUACUACCACUUCUACUCCUACUCCUUCUACUACUACCACUUCUACUCCUACUCCUUCUACUACUACUUUUACUCCUCCUUCUACUCCUCCUCCUACUUCUUCUAGUGCUACUUCUCCUUCUACUAGUACUCCUUCUUCUACUAAGACUUCUAUUACUUCGUCAAGCAGCAGUGCUGGAAGUAUUAUUAGUUGGACAUAUGACAAUGGUGUCACAUCUGUUAAAAUGCAAAUUAAUAAUUUAAAAACAUCACAAUGGGUAGCGUUAGGUCUUUCAUUUGAUAGCAAAAUGGGUGAAGAUCAUAUUUUUGUUUGCAAACGUUUAGAUAACGAUACAAUUUCAGUUGAUCGUUGUAUUAAUCCAAGUGGUACUUCACCACCAGUGUUAGCUAGUACACAGGCAAACUCGGGUGGUACAUUAACUUCUACUUCGCUGAAAUUUGAUAAUGGUGUAGCUUAUUGUGAAUUUACUUUAUCAAAUUUUAGUAGUACAAAACGACGACGACGUGAUAUUUCUCCACUAUCUCAAUCUAUGACUUAUAUUCCACUUAUAGCUAUAGGAAAUUUAGAUAGUUCAAAUGAGAUGAUUAUGCAUACAUCACGUACAGCGUUAUCACAAAAAAUUCAACUGAAUAAAGAAAAAACAAUUUCUUAUAAUGUACGUUUGAUCAAGUCCGAAGGAACAAGUUUAAUGAAAGCACAUGCUGUUAUUAUGAUAUUUGCGUGGAUAUUUUAUGUUCCAACUGGUAUGGUUCUAUUUUGA